CGGACGGCCGCCCCUGAGCAGCAGUGCGACCGUACGCGUGACAGUGCACGAUUACAACGACAACGAGCCGAUCUUCGAGAAGCCCCUCUACAACGCCACCGUGCCGGAGGACAUGCCCGUCGGACGCUGCUUUCUCAAGGUGCAAGCUACCGAUCCUGAUUGCGGCGUAAACGCGAUGGUCAAUUAUACCCUGACCGGUGGUCGACUGGAGAGCGAGCAGCUCCUGGUGCGCAGUGAUACGGGGGAUAUUUGCGUUCGGUCGCCUCUGGACAGAGAAACAGCACCUUAUCUAGAGCUGCCUGUCAUUGCCACCGAUCGAGGUGGAUUAAGUACGAUAGCGAUCGUGCGCAUCCAGGUGACAGAUGUGAAUGACAACUGGCCGAUUUUCGAGCCGCGUAAAUAUAACGUGACCUUGCGUAGUGACAGUGCCGUACAUGGUCCGAUCUUACGAGUAGCAGCGACCGAUCUCGAUGCUGGUCUUUUCGGCCAAAUCUCCUAUCGCAUCGCUAGCGGCAACGAGGCCGGAAUCUUUCGCAUGGAUCGUAAUACUGGCGAGCUGCACGUGGCGAAACCAAGCCUGCUUUCGCGAUUGCCCUUGCAUCAGCUCAACGUGACGGCGACUGAUGCUGCCGGCCUGAAGAGCCUCGUUGACGCCGAGGUCAAGGUCACUGUCUCUUCCGCCGGACACAGAAUCGCCACCUGUGAGAAACCACGCUACACUAUCACGGUCAAGGAGAGUAUCCCGCAGAAUAGCAUCGUCGGCGGCGUAAAGGACACCACGACAGCGUCAUCCUCUUCGACAGGCGAACGACCAAGCAGGUUUUAUCUGGUAAGAGAGGAAGCUGAUCUCUCGUUGGAUCCCAACACGGGGAUGCUGAGGAUUCGACAGCCGCUUGAUCGGGAAUCACGUGACAAAUAUGUUCUCAGCAUCGAGGCACGUAAUGGCGGCUCCAUUGGAUAUUGCCAGAUGGAAUUGAUCGUGGAGGACGUAAACGACAAUACGCCGUCGUUUCGCACGACUAGCGUUCGCAUCUCGGUGCCGGAAUCUCAUCCUCUUCAUAUACCCUUGUACGUAGCGCAUGCUACCGAUCCGGACACCACACCAUCGCUGCUGAUACGCUAUGUCCUCGGUCAAAACAGCAACGACCUCUUUGAGAUAAACGCGCGCACCGGCGAACUCUAUUUGGCGAGACGAUUGGAUUACGAGAUCCAGCAGAGGCAUGGUCUUCUGAUAAGGGCCCUGGACGGUGCUGGGCUCUCGGCUAACCUCAGCUUGAGCGUCGAGGUGCAGGACGUGAAUGACAACCCCCCAGUGUUCGAAAGGAACGAGUAUCAUGUGGAGGUUCCCGAAGGCGCCAGGCUCGAUUCCCAGAUUCUUCAGGUAACCGCGGUAGAUCUGGAUACGGGAAACAAUGCGAGACUGAGCUAUCGUCUUCAUGGUUCUGCCGCCUUUCGAAUCAGUUCUAACACCGGUUGGAUCUACCUGGCGCAAAAUUUGGACCGUGAAACUCUCGAUCGGCACACCUUGACGGUUCUCGCGACCGAUAACGGAUCUCCCGCAGCGACCGCGAGUGCCUCCGUGGUGGUGACAGUUCUAGACGACAACGACAACGAUCCGCGCUUCGAGAAGGAUUUUUACGGAUUCGAGCUGCUCGAGAAUCUUCCCUCGGGCACUCUGGUUGGUUCCGUCAGCGCUACCGAUCUCGAUCUAGGCAAGAACUCGCUCCUCAGAUACGCGGUGGUUCAAGCCAAUAGCAGCUUCACUGUGGAUCCUGAUACAGGCGAGAUUACCACGCGCGAGCCGCUCGAUCGUGAAACGAAAGACGUCCAUGAGCUGGUCCUGGAGGCGCGGGAUCAAGGAACACCGUCGAGGGCCGCCAGGGUGCCUUUGAAGAUCAUGGUUUUAGAUGUCAAUGACAACUCGCCUGAAAUCGUCGAUCCUCAAGGGGAGAACGUUAGCGUUAGAGAGGAGCAACCACCGGGAACGGAAGUCGCCAGAGUGCGAGCACUGGACACGGAUCUCGGUGAGAACGCUUCGGUGACCUACAGUAUCUUGAAAGACCGAGAUUCAGAUGGUUACAACGUCUUCACCAUCGACCCGAUCACCGGCAUGAUCAGGACCAAGGCCGUGCUUGACCACGAGGAGCGCAACGUAUACCGGGUGUCUGUAAAAGCGACCGAUGCUGGGCAUUUGCCGCGACACAGCAUCCGUGCGUUGCGAGUCGAAGUUCUGGCACUGGCAGAUAAUCGACCAACCUUCACCAGCAGCAGUCUUACCUUUAACGUGCGUGAGGAUGCAAGUAUCGGGCAUGCGGUGGGGUCGGUGUCGGGGGCGGGUCCUGCGGGUCGUGUGGCCUUCACCUUGAUCUCGCUGACGCCGAUCAGCGAGUUUCCCGCUUUCGACGUCGACCGUAGCUCAGGCCAGCUAGUGGUCGCGCAUUCCCUUGAUCGCGAGAACGUAAGUGAAUACUACUUGGAGAUCCGUGCGUUGGACACGACCUCGAUCGGGAAUCCUCAAAGUAUCGCCGUCUCCGUAAAGAUUGUCAUAGAGGAUGCCAAUGACAAUGCGCCGAGAUGGCCACAAGAUCCGAUAACUAUUCGCGUCUCUGAAAGAGCGACGAUUGGCUCAACCAUUUACAAUCUCACGGCUAGCGAUUUGGACAGUGGUUUGAACGGCGAUCUUAGGUACGGCCUCGUAGAUGAGUUUCCAUCGAAGGGCUGUUUUGCUGUGGACUCUUUGACGGGUGCUCUGACGCUAGCUAAGCAACUGGACAGAGAGGAAAGGGCGGACUAUACUUUGAUCCUCAAGGCAUCGGACCGCGCAUCUCCAGGAGAGCAAUUAGCCUCCACGGUCACCGCAAGAAUCAUCGUCCUUGAUCAAAAUGACAAUGAUCCUGUCUUCGUCGCGCCAGAGUCUACCAAAAUAGCCGUCGCGUCGAAUCUUCCGCUAGGUGCGAGCCUGGUAAGAGUCGUCGCCAUAGACAAGGACUCUGGUGACAACGGUCGAGUGUCUUAUGUGAUAACUUCAGGCAAUGAAGAGGCACGUUUUACUGUGGGCUACGAGUCGGGCAUCGUGAGCCUCGCGAAGCCCGUCACGAGAUCCACGGAUCUCGAAAUCACGGCCAAUGAUCACGGAUCGCCGCCUCGUAAGGCUGUGUUGAAGUUGAGUUUGAUUCCUGUGACGACGCAGAUAAACGGGCCUCCUCGGUUACUAUUGCCCAACCCCAUCGCCAGGAUUUCCGAAAAUUUGCACAUUGGGACGUCCAUAUUGAGCGUCGCAGGACCAGCAGUUGCGGAUCAAGGUAACGUCACCUUCACGAUUCCGAAUGAUGUGGCCUCGAACAAGUUCGCCAUUACGCCUAGCGGUGUAGUCACUCUUCGAGGUUCCCUGGAUCGCGAGAAAGUCGCGCGUUAUUCCGUUUCUAUUCUGGCGAGAUCCAGCAAGCUUUUGGACAUCACUACUCUGGAGGUGUUUGUGAUGGAUGAGAACGACAACAAUCCGGAAUUUCGGCCAGGCUCCUGUUAUACUCUUGCUGUACCAGAAAACCAGGAAGUUCCCGUGAUCCACACCAUAGCCGCGACUGAUCUUGAUGAGGAAAAGAACGGCGAAAUCUUCUACAGUAUCGUAGGUGGCAAUAUCGGCGCCAAGUUCACUCUGGAUCCAACCACCGGUGUAUUGUCGAUGUCAAAUCUGGAUCGCGAGACCGUAUCCAAAUAUGUGCUGACGAUUUCGGCCAAAGACAAGGGAAGACCCAGCCGAGAAGCGCGUUGCAAUCUCACCGUGAUUGUGCUGGACAUCAACGACAACGCUCCGACCUUCGUACAGAAUCAGUAUACCGAAUCUCAUGCGCACAAUAAUUUUCCGUACGGAUCGUCAAACUAUCCGGCGAAUUAUUAUCCCGCCAAAUAUGUGACAACCAUCUCGGAAGACGUUGCGCCAGAUUCGAGUGUAAUGUCCGUAAAGGCAACAGAUCCAGACCAGGGUGUAAACGGGAAGAUCACAUAUGCCAUUGCCGAAGAGACAAGCUGGCUCUUCAGGGUCGACAACCUGACCGGUGUUAUUACCACGGCCGGUUCACUGGACCGCGAACGCCAAAACAGCUACACCUUUCAUGUAGUCGCUACAGACAGUGGAAAGUACGAUGCGAAGAGCACUUCGAUUAUCGUUGAGAUCAACGUCAGCGACGUGAACGAUAACGCGCCAGUUUUUGAGGAAUAUCCUUUUCGGACGCGUGUGUCUAGUGGUAUACAGCCCGGUCAGAAUAUUCUACGGGUAUCGGCCAACGACGCCGACGAUGGUGCCAAUGGAGAUAUCGUGUACUCGUUUCUGCAAGAGCAGGAAAAGCCAAAGUUUCGGAUACAUCCCAGCACCGGCGAAAUAACAGCGAGCCUAUCGCUGUCACAAGACAACGGCAAAAUCUAUCACCUGGAGAUAUUAGCCAGAGACAAAGGAAACCCGCCAAAGAGCGCCAAAGGUUUAAUCGAGCUCCAAAUCGGCGAUUUCGCAGAUCUAGCGCCAGCCCUCAAAUUUCAGAAUGAUACGUACAACGUCGUUGUUCAAGAGAACUCCGCGGCCGGCACAGAGAUUGUUCAGAUCACCGCAGUGCGCACCGAUGGCAGAAGACAGCAUGUAUCCUAUUCGAUCGUAUCAGGAAAUGACUUCGACACCUUCGCGAUCGAUGCAGGUACCGGUUUGUUGCGCGUCAAUAAUCCUACGAGACUCGAUGCGGAGCUCUGGAACGAUCUAACGGUGAAGCCUAGCGACGACUUGCCGGACGAAGCGACGCGCACCAAUUCGUGGGGAAGAUCUCUAGAAAAUCAGCAGCCGAAGGAGCCUAGAGAAAGCUCGAGGCACAUACUCAAUAUCAUGGCAAAAACGGCGGGACCAGACAUCCUAGAGGCGUACGUCAAGGUAAUUGUCAGAUUGUCCGAUGUCAACGAUAAUCCGCCGAUCUUCACGCAAACGCAAUACUCGGCUACUGUGCUUGAAGGCAACGCCAAAGGAGACUUUGUCGUGAAGCUUUCAGCAAAUGACGCUGAUCAAGGUCUGAACAGUAGAAUCUUAUAUCAUAUUGUGGACGGUAAUCCGGAUAAUGCUUUCACCAUAAGUCCGCCGUAUAGUGGAGUCGUAAGAACCAAUAUAGUCCUAGAUCGUGAAGUCCGUGAAAAAUAUAGGCUAACUAUCAUCGCAACCGACCAAGGGAAUCCACAAUUAACCGGCACGGCUGCAUUGAGCGUGCGGAUAAUCGAUGUCAAUGACAAUCAGCCCACCUUUCCAAAACACAGUGUCAUUUCAAUCUCUGAAGGUACGGCCAUGGGAACUGUACUAACGACCAUCACGGCGAACGACGUUGACAGUUCGCCGGUGUUGACGUAUCGGUUCGGCAACUUGACGAGUCCGGGACCCUUCAGCAUCGACCGAUAUGGCGGCAAGGUCGUACUACGGAAGCGUCUGGAUGCCGAGACGCGGUCCGAGUAUAGUCUUCAAGUGAUUGCCAGCGAUGGAAUUCACGAGGCGACGACCGACCUCACCGUUCGUGUGACCGAUCUCAACGACAACGCGCCGCGAUUCGAACAGGCUGUCUACGUGGCUGUCCUCUCAGAAGGGCGAGGCAAUCUGCAGGAAAUUCUGACGGUAAAUGCCACCGACGACGAUCUUUCGGAGGAGAAUAGCCGAAUACGAUAUUAUCUAUUGCGAUCUGUGAAAGGAUUUUCGGUACACCCUGUGACCGGUGUUCUGACUGUCAAUCGCACAGCAAUACCCAGGCCAAUACCAAAAGAAAUGGACUUGGCGAUCGUCGCGGAGGAUUAUGGCAAGCCUCCGGCAUCGUCAAUAUGCUCAGUUGUUGUGCGACUUAGCAGUCUAAAGAACGCCCUUCCAGGACGGGAGUACAAGAUCACAGUGAAAGAAAAUUCACCGAAGGGUACAACAUUGAUGAAGCUGUCCGAUGUAGAUUUGUUGGAUGGCGCCAUCGUUGCGGGCGACGAUAGCGGAACAUUUGAGAUAUCUAGGGGCAGACUGAUCCUAUCCAGGACACUUGAUCGCGAGACUAAGGAUAGAUACGUAUUGCGAUUGAGCAGCAAAACCGAGAACAUAACGACAGAUUCACCGAUGGAAGACGAAUCGGUAAUAGUAACAAUCAUCGUGGAAGAUGUCAACGACAAUUACCCGUAUUUCCUGAAAGAACUUUAUCAAGUGUCGAUUAAGGAAGAUGCUCCACGCGGAACUACCAUUGCCGUUCUACGUGCUAAAGAUGAUGACUUGGUUGACAGCGCGGCGGCUACGUUGAUGUACGACAUUACUUCAGGAAAUGAUGGCGGUCUCUUUCGGGUCGAGAGAAUGACUGGUGCCAUUUUGGUGAACUCCACGCUCGAUUGCGACCUCGAGCCCGAAAUCUACAACCUCGUGGUGAUGGCUUGCGAUAGCGAUCCGGUAUCGCCUUUCUGUGCGCUCGCUAUACUUCGUGUUCAUCUGGAGGACGUAAACGACAACUCGCCAAAGUUCCCCGUUUCUGAGUAUCUCGAGUUUGUCGGCGAAAACGAGCCGAUUGGCACGACCGUAUUCUCAGCGCGUGCCUCGGAUUUAGAUCGUGGCAUUUUUGGAUCAUUGAACUACUCUAUCGUUUCCGCCGCCGCGAGCGGAUUCUCCGACAUUGACGACAGUUGGAAACUGUUUGCGGUUGACGAGAAGUCGGGCAUUGUCACCACUCGCGCCGUGUUCGAUUAUGAGCAACGGAAUCGGUACGCUUUCACGUUACGUGCUACAGAUAUGGGUGGCCGUUCUGCAGCGGUGCGCGUUAGGGUAGAAAUCGAUUCGAGGGACGAAUUCUUUCCGCAGUUUACUGAAAGAAUGUAUAGAUUUGGAAUAAGAAGCGGAAUUCCGAUAUUACCUGGCACCAUAAUCGGUCAUGUGACGGCAACCGAUCGUGAUAAGGGACCCGAUGGCCGAGUAGUGUACCAGCUAACAUCUCAGCAUCCAUAUUUCAAAUUGAAUCGUACUACCGGCGCAUUGAUCGUGAAGCAAAAGUUGAUGCAUAUCGAUAUGGGCGUGGAAGAGUCAUCGAGAUUGGUAGUCAGCGCGAGUUCCGGUAGACAGGGCUCCUUGUCUAACAUGACGGUAGUAGAGAUCAUUUUAAUGGACGACAACGAGCCAAAUGGAGUUAGAGGGGCUAUUACAUUAGCGACACCAGAUGGCUCAAAUAUGGCUGUGGCUACUCCCAGUGGCUUGGCCGAUUGGGUUCUAGGACUGUUGAUUGCUCUCCUUCUUCUCAUCCUCGCCUUUGGCGCUAUCUUCCUUUAUCUUCAUAUUCGUAAUCGUCGUCACAAAAAACCCGGCACGAAACCAGGUCUGAAUGGCGAAAGCAACGCCACUGCGUCCAAUAGCUACGUGGAUCCAAGCGCAUUUGAUACAAUCCCGAUUAGAAGUGUGACCGGAGUUGGUGUGAACGGAAACGGCAGUUCCGGAAGCGCCGGAGGAGCAGGCAGCGCAUCUUGUCAAUUUGCUCCUCCGAAGUACGACGAAAUACCGCCAUACGGGACAUCCGGUCAAUCCGGGCAACAACAAGCUACCUCCGAGCUUUCCGGAAGCGAUCAGUCGGGUUCCUCUGGUCGGGGUUCCGCCGAGGAUGACGGAGAAGACGAGGAGAUCAGAAUGAUCAAUGAGGGCCAGCAAACCGGCGAUUCCGCGAGUGAUCUUUCGGUUCACAAUACUCAGGAAUAUUUAGCUAGAUUGGGCAUCGUGGAUCCCCCAACUGGUACGCCUAGGAGACCUCCCGAAGCUCUUCCCCUGGACAGUCUGCAUCUGUUUGAAGACGAAGCGAGUACUGAGGCGGAUAUAGCGACGUUGAUCUACGGUAAGAUUGGAGAACCUGGACGACCCACUUCGGGUCUGGAAGUACCGGGUGGACCGUCGAUGAAUGGUUCUCUGAGCUCUAUCGUUCACAGCGAGGAGGAACUUACCGGCUCAUACAAUUGGGAUUAUCUAUUAGAUUGGGGACCGCAAUAUCAACCAUUAGCCCACGUGUUCAGUGAGAUCGCCAGGUUGAAGGAUGACGCCGCCAGCGUUCAGAGUGGGAACUCUGGUAGCAGCGGCAAGACCAAGUCUGUACAUAAAGCACCGCCACCGCCGUUGCUCACAUCCGUCGCUCCGAGGUCAUUGGCGGCACCAGCAUUAGCGAGAGGGAUCCUGCCGAGGUCACCAAUCAGCCACGAUGCCUCUACUUUUCCUUCCGCCGCUCUAAGUCCGAGUUUCUCACCCUCCUUAUCACCUUUGGCUACGAGAAGCCCCAGUAUCAGCCCUCUCGUACCACCCACCACCCAGAGAUCCAGUCAAAGUGCCAACCGAGGAAUUCCCGUCACCGAUGCCGAACUGAGGAUUUGAGGACACUUUGAUUUUACUUCGUGCGUACAAGUUAGUAGUGUUAAUUCAGUGAUGACUCGCCGAGUAAACGAUAUUGGUAAGAUAAUACGAUGCCUCGUGUAAAGCAGUGCCCGAAUGAUAUUCCUGUUAAUAUACAUUGUUUAAAUGCGAUUGAAUAUAUGAAUGUUGCUUUCUUAGACUGUGUGAGUGAUGUAACUUGUGGGUAUGGUAUUAACGAGUGAUUCUAAUUUAGGAAUUUUAAUUUGACCGGCCAUCGAAAAAGAAUUUAGUGAUCGAAUUGUUUCCCUCAUUAUACGCAAACGUUGCCUUCCCGCGAUCAAUUUUUAUUUUUAAUUAAUUAACAAAAUAUGUACUAUAGAUAAUUUCAAUUCAUAUAUAUAUCAUUGCGGAGGAUGAUAAAAAUAACAUAUCUCACUCAUAGAAAUGAAACAGUAAGCGGGAAAACGGUGAUUGCGUCUCGACGAUUCCGUAUUUAUUAUACAAUACGGAUGUAUCUUUUGUUCGGAUCACAAUCGAUAGCUAACUGAAAGGAAAUACUUCUUCCUGAACGGAAUGUGUGUAAAUAUUUGCCGGCUGCGACGGCGUUUAGUCAUUAAGUAGCAUUGUAAAUAUUAAUUCACGUGAACAAUGAUAUUGUCAUAAUCAAAAAGAUAGACUGUUCUUAUGUAAACCGGAAAUUGUGAAUGAUCGCGCCGUGUUUGUUGCGUGAAUGUGUACAGUAAUAAUCUACUUUUAUAAUAUUGAAUUGAUAUACAAACAUGGCGAUAUCGUUCGAAUCGAAAAAAACGUGCUACUACGAGCGAACUGAUCAUACCGAAUUUCGUGGUAGCGCAUCUCUAAAGCCGCCCGUAUAAUUUCGUUGAUUAAUUGUUACUUCAUUUCUGUCUUCCGAGCGCAAUUUCGAUGUAACGGAGGAUGAAAUUUCAGCCAGGUACAUAUAUACAUAUGCACUGAUUAUAUAUAAAUAUAUAUCAUAUUUUGUAUAAAUUGCUCUGUGUACAAAGACUCUCCCGAGCCGAGGGCCUUACCGCGACGUGGGCCUUAAAUAAAUGAAUUUUUUA